AUUGUUACAGUAUGGCUGAUUGGCAUUUCUCUGUAAAUAUAAAAUUCAAGAGUGCAGAAAGGAGGGCUUGCAAACAUACUUGCGCCUGGCCAACAGAAAAGUCACAUGUGGAUUUUAUCACAGUACGUGGAACUCUCGUCUUGGUCAUGUGUACUCCAUAUGCUAAAGGUUCAUUUCAUAGUCAGUGGGAAAUAUGUGCAACAAAAUUUAAUGGAACUAUUUACUUUUCUGCAAUAGAUACAGAUAUAGAUAACGCAGAACAAACAAAUGCCAGUCUAAAAUGUCUUUUGUGCCAAUCAUGGGGUUACAAAUUUGAACAAUAUAUGACAACAGAUACCAUAGAUGGAAAUCCAGAUAUCUGGUCUACAACUCAUCAACUAGAAGAAUACUGUAUAAUGUUAGAAAAUAUUUUGAAUAAUCACAGUUUAUUAUACAAAGCUGAAAUUGAUGCUGUGGUUCCACAUCGCUUUCCCAGACCAGGUUCAGGUGAUACUACUUGUUAUACUGAAUUAAAGACGUCAAGGUCUCUCACUUCAAUAGCACAGGAUUAUAAUUUUCGCAGGUUCAAAUUGGUUGCAUGGUGGGCACAGUCACUACUAGCUGGGAUUCCUGAGAUAAUAUGUGGAAUGAGGAAUGACAAUGGAAUAGUGAAUUCAUUAAAAAUAUUCAGAGUCAGUAGCAUUCCUAAUGACGUUAAGGGUCUUUGGUCACCAGAUACUUGUAUACACUUUUGUGAUAAAUUCCUAACCUUUCUUAAAAGAACUGUUACAGAAGAUAACCCUAAGCACAUAUUAAUUGAAUUUAAAAUGACUCGACGCCGGGGACUUACUAAUGAAGAAAUCAAAAACAUUUUAGAAGAGUCAGAUGACGAAGAUAUUGAUUUGGAUGAUGAAAUAGACGAUCCCGAUUUUCAAGAUCCAACACACAAUGUGCAGUACUCAUCCGAUUCAGACGAGUGUGAAAUGGAUAUCGAUCAUGAUACCAUUCCCCAAAAUACAAAGAACAGCGGUGCUUUGAGAGAUACUGAUACGGCAUCACUUUCAUCAGUUGAUGAGAUACCAUCAGCUAAUGCUUCAGGCAGCAAACCAAUCUUAUGGUUUCAUGCAGAUUCAACUUUCCAACCUCGAAUGACAAUUCCAGUAGAGUCAUCGCCUAGUUUGUUAUUCAAAUUAAAUCGUUCAGCUACCGAAUACGACGUGUUUCUGAAGAUAUUUCCAAAAAGUCUUAUGAUUUGGAUCUCUCAAUGCACAAGCCAACGACUCGAAAAGUUAGGACAAACAAUUCACCCUACAGACCCCUCUGAAAUUAUGCUUGUCCUUGGAUGCAUGCUUGUCAUGUCUUACAAUAGGGUGCCGAAAUUCUCUCAUUAUUGGUCAUCUAAUCCUUCUUUGGAAAACAUAGCAAUAAAAAAUGCUAUUUCAAGAGACAGAUGUAUAACGUUGCUGUCGAAACUAUAUUUUGCUGCAUCCAGAAAAGCCAGAAAAUGCAAGUAA